UGUUUUUAUCAUUUUACUCGUGGUGUUAGAGUGGGUAGCAGUGUUUUUGGAAAAUGGAGCACCCUGCAUUUGCGGACGCCGGUGCGAGUCCCGGUAUAGAAAUAUGGGGAAUAGAGGCGUUCGAGCCCGUCGCUGUGGAUACCAAAAUGUACGGAAAAUUCUUUAAUGGAGACUCAUACAUCAUCUUAAAGACCACAGGCACGGGAAACUCCACUUUAACCUACGACGCUCACUUCUGGCUGGGCAGUAAGACGACUCAAGACAAGAAGGGGGCUGCUGCUAUCCUCACAGUCACUCUUGAUGACAUGCUGAGUGGAAGAGCGGUCCACCACAGGGAGAUCCAGGGUCACGAGUCUAGCCAGUUCCUGGGGUACUUCCAGCCAGCCAUCAGAUACCUGGAGGGCGGCAGCGAGUCAGGCUUCAACCAGGUGGAGAUCAACGCGGGAGCUGAGAAGCGGCUCCUCAAGCUGUCUGGCUGUGAGAACAUGAGGAUUGAGGAGGUCCCAGCGGAAGACACCUCGUUGACCAAGAACCACUGCUUCAUCUUAGAGAACGAGCACGACAUCUUCGUGCUGAUGCCUGAAGGAGCGAAGGCCACUCAGAGACGAAAGAUCAUCAGCGUCGCCAACAACUUGAGGGACGAGUACCAUAAUGGACGGGCUACUAUUGAAAUCAUAGACGAGUUUUCAUCUGAUGAGGAUUGGGACCUAUUCUUCGAGUCCCUCGGAUCCGGCUCCAGGGACUCUAUGUCUGAUGACGACACUUCUCUGACCUACACCAGGGAAGACAUAUCGGCAGUGUUCCUGUACAGAGUGCUGUUUGGAGACGAGCUCGACCUGAUCUCGUUGAGCAAGCCCUACCAGCAGAGCCAGCUGUCUUCUUCAGAAGUGUAUAUCCUGGACACUCCUUGCUCGGGAGUGUACGUGUGGCUCGGCAACGAUGUGGAGGCGGAAACGAAGAAGAACUACAACGACAUCGUGCAGAAGUACUUCGGAAUGAAGGACUAUCCUGACUGGGUACACGUGACCAGAGUAGCAGAAGGCAUGGAGGUGUCGAAUUUCAAGCAAUACUUCCACAACUGGGACAGCGUAGGCGACGGUGCUAACAGCAGGCUCUCGGAAACUGAUUUCGCAGUCUACUCAGCGGAUGCCGACGAGUCAGCGGCUGCCGCCAAGCGCAUUGGCAAGAGCGCUGCCGUGCGAGGAUACAUGCCUGACCAUGGAGAAGGAAGCUUCACUGUCACCAGAAUCGUAGACGGUGAGAAGGAAGACUUGACGGAGGAGUUCCAGUCCGGCGUGUCUAAGCUGUACCAGACCGAGACGUACGUGUUCAAGUACCAGUAUGCCGAUGAGGGCGGUGACGACGCUUUUGUACUGUACUGGUGGAUUGGAUCCCAAGCCAGCGCAGACGACAAGGCAGCUGCCAAAGAACUGGUAUCAGAACUAGAGGCAGAGAUCGAAGGCAAUGUGGAUGUCGUGAAGAUCCCUCAGGGCAAGGAGACGAAGCACUUCCUCAAUAUAUUCAAAGGUGCUCUGAUGAUUCUGUUCGGAGGAAAGGAGACAGAAUACAAACCAGUGAACUCCAAUAACUCGUACGAUGACGACAACAUUCGUCUAUUCAGGGUCGAGGGUACAGAGCCAGGAGUGGACAUGCGUGCUGUCCAGGUGGCCGAGAAGGCAGACGUCUUGGAGGACGAUGACGUGUUCGUUCUGGAGACCUUGGAGAAAGUCUUCGUGUGGAGCGGAAAGGAAUCAAACUCGGAGGAGCACGAGGCGGCCACGGAGUUCCUCUCGAAGGCUGUCAAGGAGAAGGAGGUGGUCGCAGUGGAACAGGGAGACGAGCCCGACGAGUUCUGGGAAGCUUUGGGAGGUGCCCCAGAGGAAACCAGGUCCGGCUGGAAGCAGGUCAUCAGCCGGCGCGUCACCACACCUGUCACGUUGACAGCUGUCACUGUAUCCAUAACAGGGAAGGUCCAGUUCGAGGAGUUGCCACCGGACUUCACUCAGCAGGACUUGUCGGACGACGGAGUGUACAUCCUGGACGCUGGCGAGGAGCUGUACUUCUGGCAGGGCAAGAACACGCCAGAACGAGUCAAGGCCGCGAGGGAAAACAUCAUCAAGGAGUACAUAGAGGAUGACGGGCUGGACCGCACCGUGGACUCGGCUAUAUCGGUCGUGGUGAAACAAGGGAAGGAGCCUACGGUGUUCAAGAAACUCUUCCCAGAGUGGGACGCAGACAUGUGGGAUAAUCAAACAUCUUAUGAUGACAUGAAGAACGAAAUUAAAGCAGCUAAUUCAAAAUAAACCAACUUACUCUAGAAAGAAAGAAAUAUUUAUUUACAAGUUUUAUUUACUUUUACACAAUAUUUU